GCCGAAGAGACGCAAAAGGUCGGUGCCUGACUACACGCCCUUUUGAAUUGUCCUGUAGCUGGAGGAGGGCAACCGGCUUUGGGUCCAACUGCGGGGCUUCGGUGCUGCGGGGCUCCCCAUGAUCAGCACCAUGGCUGGGUCGUCACACCGCGUAACGCUCGGACCGCUGGUUGCUGCCAUCGACCAGGGCACCAGUUCCACGCGGUUCUUGGUGUUCAAUUCCAAAACGGCAGAACUCCUCAGCCAUCACCAGGUGGAGAUAAAACAGAGCUUCCCCAAAGAAGGAUGGGUGGAGGAAGACCCCAAAGAAAUCUUGCAGUCUGUAUACGAGUGCAUGGAGCGCACAUGUGAAAAGCUCACACAACUCAAUAUCGACAUCGCAAAUAUUAAAGCGAUUGGAGUGACCAACCAAAGAGAAACCACACUCGUUUGGGACAAAGAAACCGGGGAGCCGCUGUACAACGCAAUCGUUUGGCUUGACCUGCGGACUCAAUCCACAGUUGAGAGUCUGAUCAACAAAACACCAGGGAGGAAUAAAAACCACUUGAAGCAUAAAACAGGCCUCCCCAUCAGCACUUACUUCAGCGCGGUGAAACUUCGCUGGUUGAUGGACAAUGUCGACGACGUUCACAAAGCUGUGCUUUGUCACCGCGCCAUGUUUGGCACCGUGGACUCUUGGCUCAUUUGGUGUUUAACCGGAGGCAAAUCCGGAGGGGUCCACUGCACCGAUGUGACCAAUGCCAGCCGGACCAUGUUGUUCAACAUUCACACAAUGGACUGGGACCCGGAGCUGUGCAAAUAUUUUGGCAUCCCAAUGGAGAUUCUGCCCCGAGUGAGAAGUUCUUCUGAAAUCUACGGCCUCAUGAAAAUAAGUUCUCGCUGGAAAUCAGGAGCGCUUUCUGGCAUUCCCAUUUCAGGGUGUCUUGGCGAUCAGUCGGCAGCGCUGGUUGGGCAGAUGUGCUUCCAGGACGGGCAAGCCAAAAACACGUAUGGAACAGGCUGCUUUUUGCUACGCAACACUGGCCCCAAGCCUGUCAUGUCCGAGCACGGGCUUCUCACCACCGUGGCUUACAAACUGGGUCGAGACAAACCCCCCUGCUACGCCUUAGAGGGUUCCGUGGCCAUCGCGGGAGCCGUGGUCCGUUGGCUGCAGGACAAUCUCGGCAUCAUCGAGUCGUCCGAGGAGCUCGAGAAAUUGGCCGCAUCGGUUGGGACAUCCUACGGUUGUUAUUUUGUUCCUGCUUUCUCGGGCCUUUAUGCGCCGUACUGGGAGCCCAGUGCGAGAGGGGUCAUUUGCGGCUUAACCCAGUUUACAAAUAAGAGUCACCUCGCUUUCGCCGCGUUGGAAGCGGUCUGCUUCCAGACACGAGAGAUUCUGGACGCCAUGAAUCAGGACAGCGGCAUCCCACUCACCCAGCUGCAGGUGGACGGGGGUAUGACGUCCAACAGGUUGCUGAUGCAGCUACAGGCCGACAUACUCUGCAUCCCCGUCGUGAAACCAUCCAUGCCGGAGACCACCGCUCUGGGCGCAGCGAUGGCGGCCGGCGCAGCGGAGGGCGUGAGCGUGUGGAGUUUGAACCCGGACGACUUGAGCGAAGUCACGUCGGAGAAGUUUGAGCCUCAGAUCAACCCCGAAGAAAGCGAGUUUCGCUAUGCCCGCUGGAAGAAAGCCGUUCAGAAGUCCAUGAACUGGGAGACCACCGAGCUUCCCACGAAUGGAAAUGGUGAAUGCAGCAUCUUCUGCAGUGCCCCGCUGGGCUUCUACAUCAUGGGCAGCAUGCUGAUGCUCAUUGGAGCCAAUUACAUUGCGGGGCACAACUAGUCUCCUGGCAGCCAGCGAGGACAAAGACCUACUGUUGCUUAUGCCCCCCCCCCUCCACUCCACAACUGACAAUUAAUGGGACCUUCCCUGUAUUUAAUUUCUGAACUAUAGCGGGAGUACGCAUGCAGUUUGUGUUUUUCUUACUAUUUUAUGAGCUUGCUUACUGCCAGGUGACUCUUGAGCCAGUUUCUGUACAUGAUGAAUUCUGCUUCUUCAUUGUUUCCCCAAAUUGGCAUUUUUCUUCCAAGUAUUUUUUGUGCACUUUAUACGGUCUUUUAGUUUUUUUGGGGGUACGAAGUCUAUAUGUUUUUCUAUUAGAAAAAUUCUAUUUAUGUGGAAUCCUCUCGUGAGCGGAAUGGAAUUCUUUUGUACACUUGAAUCCCGUCGCUCCAAAACGAUGAACAGAAAGCACUUGUUGAAUGAAUGUAGGUCAGUGUUUGUAUCUAAAAAAAGUAAA